ACUGAGAAGUAGUGAUUUUUUCCGACACUGUAGGGGUUUGUUGAAAGAUGGGCACGUGGUGCGAAAGAUGUAGACGGCGCGAUGAGCAGGACUACAGGAAUUUGGAUGAUUGCCAGAAACACUUUUUGCUGCUUAUGAUGGGUGAUUUUCAACAUGAGAUUACCAUUCCGAAAGAAUUUGUGCAGCGUUUAAAGGGUGACAUCCCUGAAGAAAUCCAACUGGAAACACAUAACAGAAACAGUUACACUGUUAGAGUUGACAAGUCCCAAGAAAAGGUUAUCUUUGCAGCAGGAUGGGCACAAUUCGUCAAAACCUUUGAUUUACAUAUGGGUGACUCCAUGAUGUUCAGAUUCAAAGGAAAUUCUCAGUUUGAUGUCAUAAUAUUUGAUCAAGUUGGCCGCGAGAAAGUAUGUUCUGUUGCUGUGGAUGAUUAUCUGGAUCCUAAUGUGCAAGAAGGGCGCACAGAUGCUACUGAAACACUGAACAGUUCUCGUGCUCAUUCUCAGGAUGAUUAUCUUGAUCCUAAUGUGCAAGAAGGGCGCACAAAUGCUACUGAAACGCUUAACAGUUCUCGUGCUCAUUCUCAGCCCAUGCCAAUGCAGACACCAGCUACUGAAACACUGAACAGUUCUCGUGCUCAUUCUCAGGACAUGCCAAUGCAGUCACCAGCUACUGAAACACUGAACAGUUCUCGUGCUCAUCCUCAACCCAUGCCGAUGCAAUUGCCUACUGAAACCGUGAACCAUUUUCAUGCUCCUCAUUAUCCCAUGCAGAUGCCAAUUGAAAACAUGGCCCUUUCUCGCACUCAAGCUAUGCCCACGCAAAUGCAGUCACCACCAACAUAUAGAUGGACACAGGUGCAAAGAGAUAACUUAAGAUAUUCUUUGCCCUCUGAAGAUCAGGGUUGCAGAGUAGGUGUUAUACCUGAUCCCAUCAUUGGGCGUAGGACCAAACUAAAUCCAGUUCAGGAGAAGGUGGUGAACUUCAAGAUCCAACAUAUUCAUUCUGAAAUCCCAAUAUUUGUAGCUGUCAUUAAAAGGAGCAACGUGUCUGGAGUGUUAUCCACUCUAAGUGUCGCCAAACGGUACGUGGAUGAAUACCUUGGAGGCGAGAGAUUCAUCAGUCUUUCGCGACUUGGGGGCAAGUGGGGCAUCAGGCUUUUGCUGGUGGGGGUGGGAGUGGCACAAGGAUGGUAGGUGGAUGGCAAAAGUUUGUGAAUGAGAACGAUUUUGGAGUGGGGGAUAUUUGCCUGUUCGAACUGUUGAAGAAUCAUAAGGGCACAAUGGAAGUUCAUAUCAUCAAGGCAAAGGAUAUCUUUUGAUCGAAAAGCCAUUCUGUUUAAAUCUGCUGAUUUUACUGAAUUCUGAUGAAUGUUGCUGGUGCUUUUGUGUUGCUGAGAAUGGUAGCCUAUCUAUCCAGUUUAUGCAACUAAUUAAUGACCCAAGUGAUUACUGAUACUUUUGGUGCAAUGCUGUUAUAGUAAACAUCAGCUGUUCAGGGGC